GCAACACCUUUUCUGGGCUCAAAGAAACGAUACGUAUGAAGAAACAGGUUUGGGGUCGUCACUGGUAUCUGCAUCACAUCGUAAUUACGUUUACAAUCCUUGGUGUCAACAAUCCGGGGCAAAAAAAACGUGGGCAAGUGUCUUGACCGCAAGGAAACCGAUGGACGGUCGGAAGUUGAUCGCCCACCCCAGCGUCCGAGUCAGGGGCUCCGAAAACAACUUCGAGCCCACUUUGUGCCCCGGUGCAAGAUGCCCCCCAGAGAAAGGGCCCCAUUUCCACUGCCCGUUCUGCAGCAAGGGCGUCGUCUAUAAGGAUUCUCGGAUCGUGAAGGCGCACUACAGGGUCAAGCAUGUUGACAAGGGCCUCUGCUUCGCUGGUCUCAAAAUGCUGCGGUGUGCUGCUACUUGCAAAAUGUGGGGGGCCAUCAAGGGCGAAAAAAAGUUCAGAGGCCCCCACUGGCACUGCUACAAGUGCAGAAACGGGUUCUGCCGACGUGAUGAAGCAAUGAAGCACUAUGAGACCCAUUUCAAGCUCCCACAGACGACAUUUCAGAUCAACAUAGUGCAGGAUGUCAAUGAGGGAAUGGGACUUCAUAAUCAGUCGGACAAAGACAGCCCCAUGGAACUUUCAGACGGCUUGAUAUCAUCGUCUUCGGGACUUGAACCUGAGGCUGACUGCACAGAAGCUGUCUCUGUGACUGUCGAUAUGACGGAAGACACCUCCUCUGAGCUCUCGCCGGGUCUCUCGGCAGCGCCGACUGCGUUCAUGGUUGUUCAAGACGACGACGCCAAGUCACUCUCUUCUGAUCCGGGUUCUCUGGUAAAGGAUAGGGAGGAAGACCUUACUGUGAGGAACACCUUUUUGGAAAAGCUGGUGACAGAGUUCAGACAUCAGCUUGACAACUUGAAGAUGAAGCGAGCAGAGACGGAGGACGUUCUUCGCUCCGAGAUUUACAGGCUCCAACGUCAGUUGGAAGCAAAGAAUGUUGAGAUCGACCAACUUCGAAAACGGGAGAGGGAGCUGAUCUCCCAGAAACCACAGUUCAAUGGCACACUUGACAAGCUGUUGAAGACCUUGCAAAGCCAGCACACUGAACUGCUGCACCAGCACAUUGCUCAAGCACGAAAUGAAGCACUUCAGUCUACCCUCAAGGAGCUUCAGAAUGGCACCACAAUCCUCACAACAGUAGACAGCAGUGCACCAACAAUGGUACAGCAGGACAACAGUUCCCUGGUUGCAAUGGUUUUAGAUAACUCUGGGAAUUUAAUUCCAAUGUCCCUGGCCACAACUACAGGAUCUUCAGUCGUGUGCUGUUCUCCAGCAAAGAGUGUGCUUCAGAAACAAAGGACCCCUCUGGUUCUUUCAAAUACUCAAGCAUUUGUGCCACAACCUAGGACGAUUCAGCAGUCUGCUGGCAACCAGCACCUGGUGCUAACUCUUGCAGACAUUAGUGACUUACCUCAAGAUCUGGUGCCGUCUACAUCACGUGGAAAUACCAUGGUCACAUGUACUGACUUACAAUACCAAAUAGCCACAGUGACCGGUGAUGGAAAGGAUGAACAGGAAGUUGCAGAAGAAUGCCUCACCUGAGAAAGAAAACCUUAGUGCAUUUGUCAUCAUGAGUUUGGAUGUGUCAAUCCUGCUAAUGGGGAAAGAUUCUCACUCUGAAUAAUCACUAUUAACAUCAUUUCUGAGCCAGUAAAUGUACAAGUACACUGAUCUUGUGGGAUAAAUGACAUUUAUUCUUCAUGGAGGCACCAAGUUGUGCUUGGCUUCAGAAAUCAUUGUUGUAGUCCAUCUUGCGCCUUUUACCAGAGCUUCCAACGCUGAUUUCCGAGGUAGUUGGAGACGGCAUUCUGGUUUCUUCCUCUUGAACGAGGAAGUAGUGAUCCAUAUGUGGCUUCACGGUGUCCCAGAUCCGAGAUUGUUUGAGCAAGUCUGUCGCUGCAUCGAUGUCAGGUGCCAUGACACGGUCCUUGUCCCAGCAUCUUGUAAUUGCAUAAUGUGUUCAUCAGUGGGUACUGUCACUGAAUGGCUACAACUUGCAUGGAAGCUUGUGUGAGUGUUUUAGCCAGCAGAAGACAGUACUUAGUGCACCAGUGUUUGGUUGACAACUCUGGCUAUAUUCUAGGGCGUGAUAUUGGGAAACAACAGCUCUAAGAAAUAGUAUUUGUCACCCUGUUACACUUCCACUUUUUGUAUCUUUUUUUCUUUUUGGCCCUAGCUUUUGAGAUUAUUAUUAUGCCUAUAUACCAGCAGAACUUCUGGGGAUGAUAUGCUGUACCAGGAAGAUAUGGCUGACAGGGACCCAUUCCAAAGUUUAAGGCUAAAAAUGGAGAGUACUGUCUUUAAUACGAAGGUGAAUACGUAAGCUGGCUGCGGCCAAUCGCUACUGCCAACGCCCUGGUGCGGCGUUUUCGCAAACGAAGAUGGGAGAUAAACCCUGGCUUUUUGAAUUUUCAGUACAUUUCUUCUUCCUGUGCGUAUGUUGUUUACUGUUUAUUGGCGAGGCACAAUUUUGAGCUGCUGGCAAUGCCGAUCAGUGGCCACUUGCAUGUUUAUGCUCAUAUUGAACAUGACUGUAUCUCUUUGCUUUAAAAAAAGAACACUGGGCCCGUUCACCCACCAGAUUAGCA